AUGGGGUUUGGGCCAUUGCUGUUUGUUGUAUUGCUGAUUAGCCCGUACGUUGUUUGUGGUUUGCAUGGUCAACAUGCAAAGGAUGGGAAUGUGAUUGAUCACCACAAUGGUACGAGUUCUGAAAAGAAGCUGCCACAUGGCUUGCAUGUUGAUACAGGACGCGAGCAAGAAAAAAAUGCAACUUCAAGUAAUCAAGUUGUGGAGUUAAAUGGCAAUCAGGUUGCGCACUAUGGAGGUAGUGGAGGAGAAGGAGGGGGUGGAGGCGGCGGCGGUGCUGGUGGAGGCGGAGGCGGAGGCGGAGGCGGAGGCGGUGGAAGUGGUAGUGGUGGAGGGAGAGGUGGUGGAAGGAGGAAAAGGAGAGGAAAACAUACAUGCGGUAGAAGGGGAGGAAGUGGCGGCGGAGGUGCUGGCAGUGGUGGUGGUGGAGGAGGAGGCGGUGGUGGUGGAAAUGGUGGAGGCCAUGGUUGGGGAAGUGGGAGUGGUGGUGGUGGCGGUGGCGUUUGA